CGCUGGGCGCGGUGGUGGAUCGAGAGUAUCUGCUGUGUGAUUCGUUGAUCGCCGAACGGGUCUCGUUGACCGGGGUGUUGUUUCUGUGCGGGGUGUAUGUGUCGUCGUUGAGCUCUACGAUCGGCGCCUUAUUGGGCACUCCACGUGUCAUACAGAGUAUCGCUGCCGAGGGCAUUAUUCCGGUGUUGAAUCCGCUGGCAAUUGGUCAAGGACCCAAUAAGAAUCCGGUCCGUGCCGGACUUGUGAUGAUGCUUAUUGCGGUCGUUUUCGUGAUGUUGGGCAAUCUCAACCAGCUGGCUAUUUUAUCUACGAUGCCAUUUUUGAUCACCUACGCGUUCGUCAACUAUUCCUAUGUGUCACUGGCGAUGAGCUAUGAUCUGCAAUCAGUGCAGAACAUAUCGUUGGUGAAUGCGGCUCGUGAUAAACAAUCCUAUGGAAGUAUGGGGAACUUGAAAGCGGCAGCUGAAGGGCCGAACGGGGCAGCCACUGCAACAUCUUCGGCCGCGGACUUGGAUAGUCUUUUUCCGGAACGAGUACAACAUCCGGAACUCGGAGCCGAAUCGCAUUCGUCAAUUAUUGGGCAACCUGAAUCGUGGUAUUCGAUGUUCAGCAAUCGUUACGUAUCAUUUAUCGGGGCAAUUGUUAACAUACUGAUAUUGUUAUUUAUCAACACAUGGUUUGCACUGUUUCAUUUCCUGGCGCUGGCUGCGCUCUACUUUUACAUUGGACGAGUUUGCCCGUCCGUUUUCCCAGGU